AUUCCCCGUCGUCACUCUAUCGUGCAUUUACAUGCUAUGUUGGGAAUCAGAGAGAUCCGGUGUGUGCACGAUAAUGCUCUGCGUCGGACUAUCCCUGGCGAUAGUCCACGAGGAUCGAAUAAAAUGGAGAAACCUCAUCAUUAGAACACUCAAGCUGGGAGUAGCAGCAGGGAUUAUAAGCGCCCUAAC